AGAUGUCUUUGGAUUUAAUGGACGAUGAGGAUCAGAUUGCGAUUCGGUCGGACGUAGAAAGGCAAGAAAUUAGCAACUUGGUUCGAAACAGAAUGAAGGAUUUAUGUCUCCCAACAGAAGAUUACGAUGACUGUUCAGAGAAACGAAAUAGUUUAUCGUAUGUGAUGAUCAAUCCUAGCUGCGACCUGUUACUGGAGGAAGGGGAUGUCAUUUACGUUAUUCGCCCUAGUCCUAUCUGGAGCAAAAAAGUAUUUCUCACCCGAGGUUCUAUACGAAUAAAAUCUCCCAGUCCCAGUAAGAAGCGGAAGCAAGGAUCCGUAGAAGAAAAUCUACCAGGAGCUGCUUCUGGAGGCGACAUAAGAAGAGACAGUCCAGAUGAAAAAGAAGGAACUAUUGUGUGAAACUAAUUGUCCUAAACUACUUCCUCUCCCCCCCCCGAAAAAAAAACAGAGGUAAAACUGAAAGAAAUGUGACAUUAGAUGGCUAAGUGGAUCUUGUUGGAGCAGUUCAUAAGCAGCAAUAUGCUAAGUAUAUUUUUACGUAUCUUCCAGUAUUUAAUCACUUAGCAUAUAUAUGGGAAUGAAACAAACUGCCAUAAAGUAAGAAAUAAUAGUAUUAUAUGUUAUCAUUAUCUUGAAAGGAUUGAAGAAGACAACAUAAUCAUUUCUAUAAUUUUUUCUGUUCUUAAAUUAGUGUUUAGAAACGCUGAAUGAAAUGAACUGUUAAAUGUCACUAGUAAAGUUAUGACUUGAUAAACUGACAACGUAAUAAGCAAUAUAUGUCGAACCAAAAUGACUUGACAAACAGUACAUAUAAACCAUCAAUAAUCAAAGAUCCUAGAAUCUAAAAGAAACCAGAAUGUGCAAUUAAAUAAUCUAGGAGUUAAAUAAAAAAUUUCUCUCUGACAGCAAAUUAAUACAGUGGACUUUUUCUGCUUCUAAGCUAUCAAAGAUGCAAGAAUUUAAAUCUAAUUGUGUGCCUUCUCAAUAUAAUUUGUUUUAAGCAAGCUUAUUUGAUAGAAUAUGCUAACAACAACAGUUAAAUUGUUAGCUAAAAGUGAGCUCUAUGGAGAUGCAUGAAGUUUGGACAUUCUGUAAAAAAAACUAUCAUCAGCAUUGUGAACAAAAAAAUACAGUAUUGUACUAUUAUUUAUUUCAUAAAAUGACAUAAAGAAGUGAAUUACAGAAUCACUAGUCAUAUAUGAGAAAAUAUUGCCUUUCUCAGAGAGAGAGAUUCUAUAAUAGAAUUAUGGUAAUUGUCUGAACAGAAGCAACAGACAAAAGGAAUCUAAUAGAAAAUUGUAUAUGCAAAGAAAAUGGGACUACAAUGGGAAGCGAUAUUUAUGUAAUGAUAUUGUCACUUCAACAAAUAUUUUAAAAGCUCAGAAUUUAAGAAAUUCCCAUCUUUUCUAGAUCAUAGAGAGGUAUAAUGUUUUGACAUUUCAUAUAAAUAUACUUAUAUACAUAUAUACAUAUAUAUACAUA